GAAAUCGCAAAAAACCCUGGGUCCCGUUCAAAAACCCUAACAGCAAGAGAAUCCUAAAGCUUCCCCUUCUUCUUCUUCGAGUCUUUUACAGCAAGAGCGGUGAAAUCUCAGAAUGGGGUAUAAGAGAAAGAAGAGCGAAAGCGAAUUAGAACCAGAAAUCGAGAAUGAUCGGAAGAAGCCGAUGACGCAGAAAGAGGAGAAGGAGAUACUGCCUUCGACGAUAAAGAACAAGGAGAAGAGGUCGGAAGUGCACGCCAAGCUCAAGCACCAGAAGAAGCUCGAGAAGCGUAAGAAGGCUAAGGCUCGCGAUGCUGCCGAGAAGCGAGCUCUCGAGCUCGGCGAGGAGCCGCCGCCGAAGAUGGUUCCUCGUACCAUUGAGAACACCCGAGAAUUCGAUGAGACCGUGUGUAAGCCCGAUGAUGAAGAGCUGUUUGCUGGAAAUGAUGCCGACGAAUUCGGUGCAAUUCUAAAGCGUGAUCGCACUCCAAAAGUUCUAAUCACCACUUGCCGUUUCAAUUCUAGUAGGGGACCUGCUUUUAUAUCAGAGCUGCUUUCUGUGAUCCCAAAUGCACAUUACUACAAGAGAGGAACCUAUGACUUGAAAAAGAUUGUAGAAUAUGCGAAUAACAAGGAUUUCACUUCUCUUAUAGUUGUUCACACCAAUCGUAGGGAACCAGACGCUCUCCUAAUCAUUGGCUUACCGGAGGGACCUACUGCUCAUUUCAAGCUUUCAAAGCUUGUUUUGCGGAAGGAUAUUAAGAAUCAUGGAAAUCCAACCAAUCAUAAACCCGAGCUCGUGCUGAAUAACUUCACAACACGCCUGGGUCAUCGUAUUGGAAGAUUAAUACAGUCACUUUUCCCACAAGAUCCAAAUUUUCGUGGUCGGCGAGUUGUCACAUUCCACAAUCAGCGAGAUUUUAUAUUCUUCCGGCAUCAUCGGUACAUUUUUGACAGAAAAGAAAGUAAACAGACUGACUCAAAAGGUAAAGAGGCCAAGGAUGCCAAGGGUGAGAAAGCUUCUCAAGAGAGAGUAAUAGCCCGUCUUCAGGAAUGUGGCCCUCGUUUUACACUGAAGUUGACCAGUUUGCAGCAUGGAACAUUUGAUAGCAAAGGCGGGGAAUUUGAGUGGGUUCACAAGCCGGAAAUGGACACGAGCAGAAGGAGGUUUUUCUUGUGACGCUCUUUGGAGUAUUGCUUUCAUGUUCCUUUGUCAUGGAGUAGAAGCAUUUUCUGGUGAAGAGAGUUGGUGCUUUGAGACAAGAUGUUAAAAUUUAUCUCAAGUGUCUCCCUCAAUAUUCUGGUGUAAUUUGAUUUAUAGGUUUUAUAUAUUCUGAUGUUUGAUACAUUUUCAUGAUCCUUCUGGAAAAUUUUGUAUUUGAUAGGUCCAUUUUUUUCUUCUUCACAUAUUUACAUUGUUGUUUCGUCUCAUCAUUAUAAUCUCUAAUUUCUAGAAA